CGCACAAGCCUCGUGAAAAGCAUUCUGGGAUACAAUAUGUAAACAUCAGCCUGAAGCCUGUCAGACGAGAUAGAUACCAAUGAAUUUAAUACAUAAUGCAAUUUUAAACGGACUUCUUUUUUAUGAUUUUGCCUUUUAAUACAAACGGAGGCACUCGACUUCGUGAUUUAUCGGGAUGUGACUACGCUGUCAAGAAGCGACAGUACUUCUGUGCAAGUGGCAGAAUGCUAGCAGCUAGUUAGCUCGCUGCUGGAUCCCAUUCAUGCGCUUAUAGUUGUCUUACAUUUCAACGGAUUCGUCCAUUCUUUGUUACCGGCAAUCCCAGAGUCCUCGUCCUACUGUGAAGGAUGGGUGUGAAAACCUUCACUCACAACUCCCCCAACCACAGCCAGGAGCUUUUGGAUAAGCUCAACACCCUACGCAGUGAGGGCCACUUUUGUGACGUCACCAUCCGUGUACAGGGCCAGAUGUUCUCGGCUCACAAGGUAGUGCUAGCCUGCUGUAGUGACUUCCUUCGAGCGAAGCUGUCUGGGAAGCCGGCUGAUGAAGACACUGUAAUUGUAGGCGAAGAUAACAAACAUGUGUUGGAUCUCCAACACGUGACGGUCGCUGGUUUCGCUCCUCUUCUGGAAUACGCCUACACAUCCACCCUGUCCAUUAGUACGGAGAAUAUCAUUGACGUACUAGCAGCGGCUAGCUACAUGCAGAUGUUUGCGGUGGCCAACACUUGCUCCGAGUUCAUGAAGUCCAGCAUCUUGUGGAACUCGGCAUCCUCGGGAGCAGGAGGUCCUGGUAGCACCCAGCCUCCGGUUUUACACAGGCCCCAAGAGACCCCUGAAGGCCAUGCGAGCUGCACCCUCGCCCCUGUAGAUGCCCUCUCGCCUUCUCCGGUCUCAUCCGAGUGCAGUGUACCGGAACGUCCCAUCCCUGUGUGCCGCGAGUCUAGACGCAAGCGCAAAGGCUUUGCGAGUCCGCAACCAGCAUCCUCAACCUCUCCACAAGUCCCCAACCCCUCUCCAUCCUCUUCCUCCUUCCCAGAGAGUUCAGCGCAGGCUCUGGAACCAUCUCUGGCCUUCUCCUGGACAUACCCUUUUGGUGUGGACCGACGGUUUGCAUCAGAUAAGUCAAAACUACCUGAAGGUCUUCUGGAACCAUCUGGAGCAUCGAGCCAGGACUCUAGUGGACGGGCAUUGGUGGAGUAUUUGGCCUGCGAAGGCCCACGUGGCCUAAGCGUAGGGGGCGCGGCAGGGGUGGAGGAGGAGGAAGAAGAGGAUGUGCAGGUGAAGGUGGAGAGGCUGAGUGAUGAAGAAGUGCAUGAAGAAGCUUCUCAACCAGUUAGUGCUCCACACAGUUCUCUGAGUGACCAGCAGACGGUUCCUGGCAAUGAACACACCCAAGAAGAUCUACUCAUUAGCCCUCAGUCCUCAUCCAUUGGCUCCCUGGAUGAGGGGGUGACGGAGGGCCUCCAGUCCAUGCAGGGCACUCCAAACACUACCGGUCACAUGGAGGAGGAUGAGAGGCUGGAGAAUGUCCAGUACCCAUACCACCUGUACAUUAGCCCCUCCACUCGCCCAGGACUCAACGGUCCUGAGCGGCCCUUCCAGUGCCCUACAUGUGGUGUCCGCUUCACUCGAAUACAGAAUCUCAAGCAGCACAUGCUCAUCCACUCUGGUAUUAAGCCAUUCCAGUGUGACCGCUGCGGGAAAAAGUUUACGCGGGCUUACUCCCUGAAGAUGCACCGGCUGAAGCACGAAGGUAAACGCUGUUUCCGGUGCCAGAUCUGUAGCGCCACUUUCACUUCCUUCGGUGAAUAUAAGCAUCACAUGAGGGUGUCUCGCCACAUCAUCCGCAAGCCUCGGAUUUACGAGUGCAAAACGUGCGGCGCCAUGUUUACCAACUCCGGCAAUUUAAUCGUACACCUGAGGAGUCUCAACCAUGAGGCAUCAGAACUAGCAAACUACUUCCAGACCAGUGAGUUCCUCCUCCCAGACUACCUGAGUCACAUGCAAGAGGAAGAGGGACUGGGACACUUUGAGAUGAGUGAGCAGACCUUUGAAGCUUCUUCCUCCUCUUCCUCAGUCCAAACACCAGUUAUCUCUCAAGUUUCUUCUACCAUGAACUAUGACAACCACACUUCUGCACCUCCUUCCCAAACCCAAAACCCCAGGUCAGGGCACGGAGGGGAGGCCGCACAAGGGGAGCACCUGAAAUCCACCUCUGCUGUGACCUCUCUGCAGGACAUAGAGGAAGACGAGGGAGAGAAGGAGAGAGGUGGAAGAAAGAAGAAGAAAAGACUAGUGUCAAUUACAAUUGAGUGAAACGUGUAAACAUGUAUAGUCCUGUUGCACACUCAGUACUUCUGUUGUUGACGGCUUCUUAUACUUUUAGAAAAAAAGAUACAAAAGCUGCCAUUGGGGCAGAAAAAGGUUCACCUUUGUACCGUAUGUACCCAUAAAGAGUGCAUAUUAGUAUCUUAAAAGUAUUAGUACCUAAAUGGUACAUUUUAGUACCUUUUGAAAAGGUACCAUCCCAGUGACAACUUUUGUACUUUUUUUUUUUUUUUCCUGAGAUGGUAUGUUUUAACAGCUUACAAAGUUGGUGUUUCAUUAUGAAAAAGUAUAAUGCCUUUUAAUUUGUGGGGGUUACUUAAAAAUUUGUAAUAUGUGACCCUGAACCACAAAACCAGUCACAAGUGGCACUGCCACGUUAGCCGGAUUUCCAUCCAAAGUUUCGAAUUUACCUUUGCACAAAAAUUAAAUUUUUCUUAAACUGUUUGCGAAUAAGCACUGUUUCCAUCCAACGACUCAAACAGAGCUGAUAAACUAGCACUAAAUAUCAUUAAGAAAAGUAGGAGAAGAUAAUAAUUUUGAAUAUAAUUCUGAAUAUAAUAAUUUUUACAUAUAAUAAAUUACUUGCGAUUCAGAGAGAGCAGACGAAACACAAUACAUGUGGUCAUUGCUUUCGCAGGCGGAUGCCAACUGUUUGGGAACGCAGUCUUGUAAGACGGUUCUUUGAGGCAAUUAUACAAAAAUACUUUGAUGGCAGACUUUGCUCAGGCAUUUUACAAUGACCAUAACCACAUUUCAGAUGCUGUGCACUGAGAUCAGUCUGCUAGUUAGUCAAGUUGUUCCGUCCCAUAAUGCAGUCACAUGACUUUUUUUGAUGCUUGUGGAAGAAUACGCGAAAUGCGUUUCCAUCUUCCAUUUGUCGCAUUAACCCUUUUUCGCACAAUUCAAAACCACCUCAAGCAAGUGUAAAAACUUUUUUGCAAAUUAAGGAAUUUUUUUUUCGCAUAUUGGUGUUUCCAUCACUCGUUUCUGAUGCGAAACAUAGCUAUUGUAUGAGUCAAAAUUAUCGAUUUUUCUUUUAUGCCAAAAAUUAUUAGGUUAUUAAGUAAAGUUCAUGUUCUAUGAAGAUAUUUUGUAAAUUUCCUACUGUAAAUAUAUCAAAAUGUAAUUUUUGAUUAGUAAUAUGCAUUGCUAAGAACUUCAGUUGGACAACUUUAAAGGCGAUUUUUCUCAAUAUUUAGAUUUUUUUUGCACCCUCAGAUUCCAGAUAUUCAAAUAGUUGUAUCUUGGCCAAAUAUUGUCCUGUCAUAACAAACCGUACAUCAAUGGAAAACAUAUUUGUUCAACUUUCAGAUGUAUGAAUCUCAGUUUUAAAAAAAAUGACCCUUAUGACUGGUUUUGUGAUCCAGGAUCACGUCACCUGAAAGACAUGGUAAAAAGUCAAAAUUUUGACUUUUUUUUUAAUGAGUAACCCAUUAAUAUUUGACUAUAAUGAAUUUGUUCCAUGGAAGCACAUUUUUUUAAUUUUAUAUUCAUUUUUCUUGUUUUUUAAACUGGCAGUCUGUUGAAAAGCAUCAAAUUGUAUUUUUUUUUUCUCUCACAUUAUUUUCAAUCAUGACUGAUGAUCUCCUUGUAUGAUGCGACUUCCUUUUCUCCUAUUUCAUGUCUGCGCCUUAACUAUCGCAAACUGCCCCUUCCAACUGUAAACAGACCUGUUUAAAAACUGGGAAGCUUCAAUCCUCUGAGGACCGUUCCUAAAAAUGUGAAAGACUGUGUUACUACUUCCAUGUGUGUUCAGAACAGAAGCAAAACACUGAACCUGACUGGCACAAAACAACCACGAAACCCUGUUAAAUGGGUUGCUGUGCAUUGACUGAUUAAUCUGAUGUGCUUUAGCGUGUCGUUUUGAACGCGUGUAUAUGUGAAGAGUAGCCCCGUUUUCCUAGCCCUCUUUUCUGCUGUAUGUGUAAUGCUGCUAAAUUUUGUAAACUGUGCCUCUCGCCCAGCUCUCCGAACCACUCGUCAAUUCGAUCUAAAGAGCUGUAUGUGAAUUCUUCGGGUUUAACGUUCUUCUUUUGAUUGUGACGUACAGAAGAAAUGUCAAAUGGGUCACAUUUUAAUAGAGUGGAAGGAAGGUGAUAUUUCCAUAGCCUUUCCCAUUUUAUUGCUGUUGGAAUUAUACUAUGGAAUUUUCUCCAUAACUUGAUGCCAUAGUUGUAUGUGCCUAACAGUCUCCCAAAACAAAGUUUAUGAACACCUUGUGACUAUGGCAUGAGCCUUGAUUGAAGAUACUUGUAACUCGAUUGCAACUUUGGAAUAUGUAGCAUUUGUUUUGUUCGGUGGUUGUAACGAUGGCGUAUCUUCGCUUCCUUCGUGUGAUAUUGCACCUGGCAAUCAGUCAGUCUCGAAGCUGCUCCAUUCCAAUAUGAUUUUGUAGGGAACAAAAAGUUUUAAUAAGCGUUGUGCAAUAUUGUUUUGGAUGAUUCACGUGGUCCAAAAUGAAAACCUUUUAUACUGCAGUGGACAAUGUGCUGAAUGAGUGAAGAUGAUGAAAAACAGGAAGGGGGCUAGUCGAGGGAACGAGCGAAAGCAUGUGCUCUUCGCUAAACCGUUCCUAUGGUUUGUCAGCGAACAAACGGCGAAAGAAAUGCCAUUGUGUUACAAAAACUAGACUGCAAUAUCGUUCUCUGAUGUCAUUUCCCUCGAGACGGUCUCCCGCUUAUCUCAUUCUCUCCAUUUUUGCGACCGCCCGCUGUAGCUCAAACUCAAUUACUUCAUAGUCUGAGAGUUUGUAGUGACGCAUUUAUCCAUAAGACAAUAUUGGCUGUCUGUCCCAGAUUGCUCUUUGUGCUACUUGCAUGUUUUCCGUGCAAAAAGAAAUAUGGGGGAAAAAAAAUAUCAAUAUAGCAUGGGUUGAUUCGUUUGUUGGAUGUUGUUUCAGAUAUGUGCAACUACCAUUUUGUAUACAAUAUUCAAUCUUUGGUGUUCAGUUGUUUGAGCAGAAAGAAAAAGCGUGAUAUUUCAGUAGUCAUAAUGCUUUUUUCCAGAUUCUGUAUCGAUGACGGUUACCUUAAAAAGUGUCAAUUUGUACAUUUGUAAUAUCAAUGUGAGUGUGAGUAGUUCUUUGACUUGAGCCUCGUAGUGUUCGCUUUUGUGAUCAUGUCUUAUUGAUAUAUAUAUAUAUAUAUAUAUAUACACUCUAUAUUCUUUUUUUAAAGCCUAUAGUUUUAGUCGUAUCUCGUGCCUUUGGAUAUUGGAUCUGUAUUGUAUUUUAAUUGGCAUAAACAUGCAUUGAUAUGAAUUCAUAAUGUUUUGUAGAAAGAAUGCUGGUAGACUUCAAAUGUAGCUUGAAACUAAAAAUAUUUUUGAAGUGCUAUUCGACACAUGGUUUCAACUGUAUGUUUUGUGUUUAUUUUCAUAAAGACAAAUGUAUUA